AAGAGAAGAGAGCAAAAAAAAAAAAAAGGGUUUUACCGCCAAAAACUGUUUAAAAAAUAAAAAAUAUAAAACACUUCGUGAAAGUCCAAGCAACAACGCUAAGCAACAACGGCAACAACGUCAUCAUUAACCAUUAACAUCAUUAUCAUGGAGUAUAACAUAGAGCACACACAACGACAACGACUGCAUCAGCCUACGCAUCGUUUUUUAACGGUUAAAUACUUUUUAGCGAUACUUUUAAUUACAACGCUGCACGCCAUCAAUGCAUUGGGUACGACUACCUUGGGUUCCAAAUGUCAACACGAUAUGGAUUGUACGGAUUUUAUUAAAGGCAGCACUUGCUCAGCACAGGGUUACUGCGAAUGUGCACCCUAUUUUGUUCAAUACAAUAACACUCAAUGCCUAUCAUCUCAGCUUUUAGGCGGUGAUUGCACCCUAAAUGAACAAUGCUUCAUGAAAGUCGCUAAUAGCAGCUGCUUAGAUGGUGCUUGCCGAUGCGUUGAAGGCUUUUUACAAUUUCGUAAACAUACUUGCUUAGGACCUGCUCCACCUGGUUCAGUUUGUUACAGUCAUGCUCAUUGUCAAAUGUUUCAUGAACGUACGCAUUGCGAUUUUUUGAUACCGAAUCUUUUUGGUCGCUGCCAGUGUACAGCGCCUGCCAAACUUCAAAUGGGCCAAUGUGUUGAUGCUAUUAGUGAAGAGACGUCAUCUGUUCCGUCAGUUCCUGUAUCUGAAACAAUGUUAAUAAAUAAUUCUAGUGAAAUAAUAUUGCAUGAAACACCUAUUAUGGAGACUACGAUCCACAUUGAAGCCCAUACUGAAACGUUACAUGUCGAGAAACCACAUAUUCCUACUGAAGUGCCAUUAGCUGAAAUAGGAAAUAAUGUAUCGGUAGAAGAAGCUGACUAUGAAACCGACAAAAAAUUAUUGGGAAUCCCUGAAACACCUGAUGAUAUCAAGUUGGAGUCUACCACUUUGCAGGCCCUAAUAACAUUGCCUACCUUACUUCCACAUUCAGAUGACGAAAGCCAUCAAAGCGCUGACGAUUAUCCGUAUAAAGUCGAAGAUCAAUCAAACGAAGACAACGCGGAAGAAAAUGAAUUUAAGGUGCCUCAGGAGGAGCAACAAUUUCUUGAACAAGAUAAACCGUCUUCAGCCUUAAAUGGAGACAUUGAAGACACGGCUCCCAUUCAUACAGUCAUAGAUCAUACUAUGAAUUUUGAUUACGAAACUGAACAAAAUGAAUUCCAAGAGCAAGAAUCCAUGGAGCAAAACGUCUACGAACAAGAGCAACCUUAUGAUAAGGAGAGAGAAGAUGAAGAUGAUAUCAUAAAUCUUCCAACCACCGCUUCUUCGCAAAUUAAUGAAGAAAAUUUUAAUAAAAUACCUUCGGAAACUGGAUAUAGCACCGAACACAACGAACCAGAACAUCAUAGCCAAACUUCAACUACCGAAGCAGAUGAGAAAGAAGUAGAAAGUGAAAGUGUUGAAAAUGUUGACGUCGAAUUGAAGCCUGAAGUUGUGAGUGCAAGUGAUAAAGUUAUUAUAACUCAGCAACCUUACGCUAACGAUGACGCAGAACAAGAAGCAGCAACAACUCGCCGAUAUUUUAUAGAUGAAUUUAAAGAAAAUGAAGCAUUAUCAGAAAAUAAUGUUGCUGCAUCAUUCAAUAUAGACGACAAGUCUGAGGUAACAAACGACUACAAUGAUAAUAAUGAUAACAAUAAUAAUAAUAAUAAUAAUAAUAAUAACAGCAACAACAAUAACUACAAUAAUAAUAACAAUAAAAACAACAACGACAAUAAUAGUAAUAAUAACAACAACAAUCACAUCAACUAUAACAUCCACGAUAAUGCUAUAGGCGAACCAACAACAGACAAUAGUGAGAAAAAAAUAACGGAGUCAGAGAUAGACAGGGAGACAGAGACGGGGACAGAAACAGAAACAGAAACAGAAGCAGAAGCAGAAACAGAAACAGACCAAAUGCUCGUAGGCAUUAAUAACGUGCUUAACUAUAGUUCAAAUGAAGAUAUCGCUAACGAAGAACAAGAGAUCACAACAAGACCUGAAGAACUUUUGCAACACUUUAGUAACUUAGAAGACAAUACUGUAACGGAUAGACAACAAAUCGCUAUUGAAAACGAACUGGAGCAGCUACUAAAUGUGAAUGACAUGAAGAACGAACGUGAAACAAAUGAAAUACAAGAAGUUUUAAGUGAAGUGAAAGAAACCGCACUUAAUGCAAACGCAGAAGCUCUGGAAUCCAUACAAAAUGGGGGAGAAAAUGAAAUUUAUAGUGAAACAAGUUCUUUAGAAAUUGAAGGUGAUCAAGAACCUGUUACCGACGCCAUAACAGAGGAACCCAAUCAAGAAAUCAAUACUGUUAAGCAAGAAGAGACAGACUAUAAUGUUAAACAUAUUCAAAAGGGAAAAGAUCAAAAAGAAGAAGAAGAAGAAGAAGAAGAAAACAAAGAGAAAAAUGAAGAUGAAGAGGAAGAGAAAGAGAAAGAGGAAGAGGAGGAGAAAGAGCAAGAGAACGAAAAUGAGGAAAAACGAAACGAAAGUCCGAAUGAAGUUAUCGAAAUGGAGCCACAAAAUGAAAUCGAAAAUAUAGACAAUGCAAUGCAAGAAGGUCAACAGCAAGAAGACGGAAAAGAAAAUGAUCAUAGUAUCGAAACAACUCACGAUGGGAAUCCGAUUAUAAAUGCAGACAUAAUCGAAACUCCUCUUCAAGAAAGUGCGGACGACAACAUUAAAUUGGAUUCGAUAAUAGAAGAAUUAACAGAAUCUAAUGUAGCGGAGGAGGAAGAGUCAGAAAGAAUUCAGCCAGAGAACCAAGAAUCAGUAGAAUCCGAACCUACUACUGUGAAUCCGAAUAUAGAUAUUCAACUUCCCGAAGGUCAACAUGGAAAUGAGAUUUUAUCACAUGACCCUACGAACGAUAUCAUGGAUCAUGAUGGUGAAAUUGCAGAGGAAGCAAAUUCGGAAACAAUAAAAGAGCACUACAUUGACUCUACUGAGGAUAAAGAGAAUUACUAUGAGAACCCGUUAACAAAUUACGAAGUCUACGCCGCAGAGCAUCAAUAUAGUAGUGAAACUGAAGGUGACUUAAACUCGGACCAAAAUAAAUCGACUGAACGGGAUGCAAAUAUUGUAGAAGAAGAACAAUCUAACGAAACUUUUAACGCCAUAGAUCAACAAACCAGUAAUGCUCUACAAGAUUCUAUUAAUGACAAUGUCAACUAUUCCAUAUCGGAUAAUUUCAAAGAUGACACUAAAAUAGAGGAAUCCUUGCCGGAAAAUGCAAUUAACGACGUUGAAGAAGAAGGCCAUCAAAUCAAGGAUGUAACAGAAAGCAUUCAAGAAAUGACGACAAAACCUAUCGAAGAAUCUUUGAGCGCGGAAAAUACCGAAGAAAGUAAUCAAUCAAAUGUAAAUGUUGCCUCUGUUACAGAAGUAAGCGAAAAUAAGCCAAGCAGUGAAGACGUAGAUAACCAGGAAAAUGAAGUUGAAAAUGGUACGCCAUCAGAACAGCCACAGGAUGAAUGGAAUGAUCUGAAUUCCGUUAAGGAGCAAGACGAUUUCAAAGACGUUACGGAUACCCCUGUACUUGAAAAUAUUGCAGAAGGUGUAGAUGAAGACAUUAUUGCAUCAGAACAAGAUCAGGAUUCGAAUGAAAAAUAUUUAGAUGCAUCAAAUAUAAAUAAUUUGAUAAAGAGACCUAUAAACGAUGGCACUACUGAACUUCACGAUAUUAUUUCUUUGCUUGAGCACCAUGAAGAAGAACCUCUUCAAGGAAAUAACAUAGAUCUUCAAAAUCAAUUGACAACUGAUGGUCAAACGGAGCACAUUGAACCAAUUGAUCAAGCACCGACCGAAAAUGCUAUUCAAGGAGGCGAAAAGGAUGAGUUUGUACCUGAAAAUGCUGAAGCCGUAAGCGAUAUAAACGAAGUUUAUGAUGAAAAUCCUCACUUAAGUCUUCAGGAGCCUACGUAUUUCUACGAAUAUCAGCAAAUCACUGAUUUGCCUAAAACUGAUAGUGAGAUGUUGGAUGAAAAAAAUGAAAUUCAAGUAGAUAUCGGUCAGCAUGAAUUCUUUGAACUUGCUACCGAAAUUCCAUAUAAAUCCCCAGAACAAUAUACUGAGACGCUGGAUAAUGAACAACGUCCGGGAGAAUCAAUUAAUUAUAUUAGCGAAACUGAGAAUAACAAAAUAAAUCACGAAAUUGAAAAUCACAAUGAAGUUGAUGUCGAGAAUCAGAAAAGAGUAGAGCAUGACGAAACCUCAUCGGAAUUAUUUAAUCAGAACUUCCCAUCCGAGAUAAGCGAAAAUAGUGAGAAAAUAGUUGAGAUCGCAUCCAAUGAAGAACAUAACGAACAGGACCACGAGCCGCAAAUUGGACAAGGAUUGACUAUACCGAACAUGACACAGACGCCCGAAGCUGAAGCGGUCGAUAGUGAAGAUAAAUCUGCGGGAACAACUGAAAGCCAACCUCAAAUAUAUCAUCAACAGUCUUUUGAAGAAACUAGUCAAGAUAAUCUUAAUCAACAAUUGCAUGAGGAAGAAAAUGAGAAGGAGCAAAUUAACGAAGAUCAGGAAGAGAUGCAAACAUUUAAUAUUUAUUCGGAAGGCAGUGAGAAGGAGGAAGAGAUUAAUAACAACCCCGAAGACAUCAAAAUGAAUAACAUUCAAGACGUGCAAGAAGAAGAAAAAGUAAGUGAUUAUGUUUAUUUUACGACACUGCCGCCCAGUGAAAAAACCGAAGAUCACGACCACAUUAAAGAAGAAGAAAAAGAGGAAGAGAAGGAAAAAGAGGAAGAAGAGGAAGCUAGUAACGAUUUGAACGUUUCACAAAUAGUAACGGAAGCAAUUGAUAAAAUCGAAGAGGAGGAAAGCAUUUUAACUUACGCAGACUCUAAGAUGACCAAUGAGACCAGUAGCGACGAACAAGCUCAUGAAACGAAUAAGCUCGAAGAAUACAAGCUAAUGGAUAGCGAAGAAAAUCAUAGUUUGCCACAAAACAUUAAUAGCUUGAGCUACGAUUUGCCCAACGAAAGCCUUAAUAUACCUAUAGAGAACCUCAAUACCAAUGAUUUGGAGACCCACAUUAAACAAAUUACAAACGAUGAGCAAUCAAAUGAGUUUUUAGAGCCCACAGAAUCGCCUAUAGUAAAUAUCUUAACCGUCACGGAAAAAAUUGGAACCAACGAACUCGAAAGCGAUAAGCAAAAAGUUUUGAAUGAAAACUUUGAAAAUGAAAUCGAAGAUUCGGCUUACGGUCAGGCAUCGCAUUCGGAUUAUGAAGAACCAUCGAGUCAAGAAUUUUACGAAAGUGAAUCAAUCGCAGAUAUAUUAAGUGACCUGAUGAGAGAAGAGGAUAAUCAAAUCACAAUACAACCUGAUCGUUCUGCAGAUGCAGAUAAUCGCCUAGACAUACAACAUAAAUUGCAGGAAGAAAUUCCAGAUCUUAUAGCAGAAGAUACGAAUAUUUCUGAAGAAAAAUUAGUAAAUCAGGAGUCUCCUGUCAGUCAUGAAACGCCGUUGUUAGUAACCAUAAAUCCAGAAGACAAAUUGAUAACUUUCUAUCCGGAUAUGCAAGAACAAUACCAGCAUAAUAUAGUUUAUCCCGAAGAAAGUAAAGUGGAAGCUUCCGGAGAUCAUCAGGAGACUUCUGAUGCUAAGGUCAAUAUUGAUGAGCAAGCGACACGCACUAUGAGACCUCUUGCCUUAGAAGUACCAAUAUACGACAUGUCCGGUGAUCGUAUCUAUCAAGCGCAUGAAUUCGAACCCGACAAUAUAGUGACCGAAUCUAGCACCGUAGGACAACAUGAAGAAGAAAAAACUGAGAAAUCGUUUACAGAAGUAACAACCAGCGCCGCCGAUAUAAUAGAGCUAACUACGCAAACUAUGUUAAAUUUGGCAAGUCGUGUUACAGUAAUGGAGCCAGCCGCGCCAAUUGUAACCACAUUAAUGCCUUUAGUGCAAAGUGCUGCAGAAGACACUGACACUGACGUCACGCCUGAACCUGUUUGGGAUAUAUCAUCAACUGAUAAUUCCAUGUCUAGCAAAUUAGCCACAGUAAUACGUAAACGGGUAGAACUGAGCUUAGAAGCCAUUUCUUUGGGGCUGAGAUGUUCUAAUGACAAACAGUGUCAAUUAUCAGAUUCGAAUGCGAUAUGCAAUGAGCAAGGCGUUUGCGAUUGUGCAGUAAAUACAUAUUCUCCUCAAGAAUCAAAGCAGUGUGGCGCUCAAAGCACUGGAUGCAGUCCUGGUACAUUUCAGUGUCGCUCCAGUGGCGUAUGCAUCUCGUGGUUCUUUGUUUGCGACGGUCGUGCGGAUUGUAAUGACGCCUCUGACGAAGAGUGUACUAUUAAUGCCCGUUUAAAUCAAACUUGUCCUACGGAGGCUUUCCGAUGCAGCGUAAGUUCUAGAUGCGUUUCCAGAGCAGCUCUUUGCGAUGGUCGCAAACAGUGCCCGCAUGGUGAAGACGAAUUAGGCUGCAGCGAUCUAAAAUCCAACGAGGAUUGUCCUUUACAUACAUUCCGUUGCAAGAGCGGCGAAUGUUUGCCCGAGUAUGAGUAUUGUAAUGCCAUAAUUAGUUGCCGUGAUGGGAGUGACGAACCACCCCACCUAUGUGGCUCUCGUUCUAUGCCCAAUCUUUUUCUUAAAUUGCUAACAGCCGGUGGCUUGACUAGCAACCCUAUUUCAGCUUAUUGCCCGCACCGAUGCAGUAACGGACGCUGUCGUUCCACCGCCAUUGUUUGCUCAGGCCGUGAUGGGUGCGGUGAUGGUACCGAUGAACAAACAUGCUCAGUAUGCAGAUGUCCUGCGCCUUCGUUCAAUAAACCGGCACGCGUCACAAACUUUUUAGCCAGACAUCGUCCAAUGUUGUUGUGGUAGAGAACCUCGAUAUUAUUAUUAUUUGAUUUUAUUUUUAUUAUUAUUAUUAUUUUUUUUUUUUAUUGCAUUUAAACGAAAGCAUUUAUCCUAAUAUUUAGUCUGUCAUGGUUGAUCGAUUUUAUUUAAAUUU